AUGAGUCCAUACAAAACCUCCGAGGGUUUCAAUACCGCCCUAGGAGCCGGCUUGAACAGUACAUGGUCUGGGGCGGAUGCCAUCCAUGGCGUUGUUAAUGCUGGGGUUAGGAUCGAAGGUGCUGUUGCUGAGCACCAGUGGACCAAAGCGAGAGUCAACGAACAGCUGCAGAGAGCGCAGUACCCGGACGGUAAACCUAGGGUUGAUCACUCGGCGCAGUAUCAGGCUGCAAACCCAACUCUGAGCAACCUCGGAAAUGAUCAGCAACUUUAUAAUCGUGUUAAUGGG